AUGGCUUCUGAAGAGGCAGAGCCUAUUGCUGUGGUUGGCCUCGGAUGCCGAUUUCCGGGGACGGCCGUGUCUCCGGAGGCUCUAUCAAAGAUGCUCUACCGUGGAGAGAGCGCCUGGUCGGAGGUACCCGCGGACCGACUAAACAUCAAGAGCUACUACCACCCGCACGUAGCCAGGCAAGGCAGUAUCCCUUUCAAGGGAGCGCAUUUACUGCGAGAGAAUGUUGGCGCGUUCGAUAGCUCGUUCUUCUCCAUACCGGCCGACGAAGCAAAAGCCGUCGAUCCUCAGCAGAGAAUCCUCCUCGAGGUCACUGUCGAGUCACUAGAUAGUGCCGGUAUCAAUCGAAAUGCCCUGCGCAAGACCGAGACUGGCGUCUGGAUCGGCUCAUUUGUCAAAGACUACGAACAAGUGGUCCUUCGCGAUCCUGACGAUGCACCCAUGUACAGUGCCACAGGAAACGGCACUGCCAUCAUGUCCAACCGCAUAUCGUUCUUCCUGGAUAUCCACGGGCCGAGCAUGACCAUCGAUACUGGGUGCAGUGCGAGCCUCGUGUGUUUGCACAGCGCAUGCCAGAGCCUCCGAGACCGAGAGAUUGAUGUUGGGCUCGCAGGCGGUGCCGGACUCAUGCUUACUCCUGCUACGAUGAUGCCGAUGACGGCCCUGAACUUCCUGAGCCCAGACGGCAAAAGUUACAGUUUCGAUGCUAGAGCCAAUGGCUACGGUCGGGGCGAAGGAGUCGGCAUCGUCGUAUUGAAACGCCUCAGCGAUGCCAUUCGUGACAAUGAUAACAUCCGAGCUAUCAUUCGCGGAUCGAGAGUCAAUCAAGAUGGACGCACUGCGGGCAUCACUCUUCCGAGUUCGGAAGCCCAGAUCAAGAACAUGCGUGGCGUUUACGAGAGAGCAGGCCUGGAUGUCGACCAGACUGCCUACGUCGAGUGUCACGGCACUGGGACGCCGGCGGGCGACUGGAGAGAGCUCAAAGCAGUAUCCGAAGCUCUCUGUCCACGGCGUAGCAAGGAAAAUCCCAUCUACGUGGGCUCGAUCAAGACCAACAUCGGCCACUUGGAAGGCUGUGCUGGUGUAGCAGGCUUGAUCAAAGGCAUAUUGACUAUCGAAACUGGUAUCAUCCCGAAGCACCUCAACUUCGUGGCGCCGGGCAACCCGACGAUUGAUUUCGAAGGAUGGAAGGUGAAGGUUCCAACGGAAAAUACUCCCUGGCCGGUCGAGGGCCUUCGAAGAGCUAGUGUGAACAGCUUUGGAUUUGGCGGAACGAACGCACAUGUCAUUCUUGACGAUGCCGCCCAUUAUCUGGCCCAGAGGGGUCUCUCGGCGCAUCACAACACCACCAUCUCGGAUGGAGACAACCAACCUUCGAUGGAUUUGGUGACCACAACGGACCACGACAAAGUCGUCAGAGAUAUCUUAGUGCCGGCCGCUGGCAGAAUCAAUGGAUGCUCUUUGCCGGAACGCGACUCGCAGUCUCAAGUAUUCGUCUUCUCAGCGCAGGAAGAAGGCGUCUUGUCCCAGGUAGUCCAUUUGCACGGAGAUUAUAUCAGAGGUCGGAUCGGAACCAAUACGGAUACUCUGAUGGAGGACCUUGCGUAUACGCUCGGAUGUCGACGAACGAACAUGCAGUGGAGGGUCUCGGUUGCCGCGCGCUCUGCGGAGGAGCUACUAUUGAAGCUGAGCAAGCUGGGCAGCGCCGACUUUGUCAGAGCAUCAGAGGAGACAUCGACUAGGGUCGCCUUUGUCUUCGGUGGUCAAGGCGCUCAGUGGUAUGCUAUGGGGAGGGAACUUCUCGGCUUCGACAUCUUCCUACACUCGAUCGCCGAGGCCAGCUCGUAUCUACAGGGACACGUAGGGUGCUCCUUCCACCUGGUCGACGAGCUCUUGAGAGACGAGGCCUGUUCUAGAAUCAACGACCCUGAAGUCUCGCAACCAGCGACUACAGCGAUACAAGUGGCUCUCGUAGAUCUCUUGAUCGAGCAUUACGGUAUUAUGCCAACGGACGUGUGCGGGCAUUCGUCUGGAGAGAUCGCAGCAGCAUAUGCUUCCGGUGCCAUAUCCCGCCAGGAUGCCUGGGAGCUUGCAUACCAUCGAGGAAAGUGCGUGGGCGUUUCAGAGGGCCCGGAAGGUCAACCCUACCCCAAGGGUCGCAUGCUUGCUGUAGGUCUGUCAGCGUCGGAGGCACAAGCAUACCUAGACAACCUCGCCAAGGGCAAGGCCGUGGUAGCUUGCAUCAAUAGCCCAGCCUCGGUGACUCUAUCCGGGGAUGAGGGCGCGAUUCUCGAAGUCCAGGCGAGACUCGAAGCGGAUGGCGUCUUCAACCGGCUGUUGCUGGUAGACACCGCGUAUCACUCGCAUCACAUGAAGCGAUGCGAGGGUGCCUAUCUCCAAGCCAUCUCGCACAUCAUGCCCCACGAGCCGUCCCACAGGAGAAUUCCGCACCCGCAUGCUCAGGGCAGGCUCGUUACUCUGUCAGACUUCACCGCGAGGACUGCACCUGUCGACCCAAGAUCCACAAGAGAACCACCUACCAUGUAUUCAUCCGUGACGGGUAAUGUCAUCCGCUGGGACGAGCUUCGACCCAGUUACUGGGCAACGAACAUGGUCAGUCCGGUCCUGUUCUCUGAUGCCAUGCAACAGAUGAUCGGUCGCAAACGCCAGAAGCCCGACAUCGUACUCGAGCUAGGACCGCAUUGUUCACUUCGGGGUCCCGUAAGACAGAUAGCAGAAGCCGAGAAGAAGCUGGCCAACCGACCCAAGUACAUAUCUAUGCUCACCCGCGGUAGAGAUGCAGCACUGACCAUUCUAGAAGCGGUUGGCCAGCUUUGGUGUCACGGAUGCGACGUUGUCAUGCCAUGGGUAGUCAUGAGAAACGCACAGCUCCGGCGCCCAAGACUGCAGGUAGACCUGCCCAACUACCCCUGGAACCACAGCACCGUGCACUGGCACGAGUCGCAUCUGUCCAAGUCCGUUCGUUUCCAGGUCCAUGGAAGAUACGACCUAAUCGGACGCCCUACGGCCGACUCGACACCGUUCCAACCGCGCUGGCGAGGCUUCUUCCGCAUCUCGGAGAACCCGUGGAUUCAAGACCACCAGGUGCAAAAGACCAUCAUCUACCCUGCUGCCGGCAUGAUCGCCAUGGUCCUGGAAGGUGCCAAGCAAGUCGCCUCGGGCAAGUAUUCCGCUAUCGAGAUAUCCGAGUUCAGGAUCCAAAAGGCCAUGAUCAUCCCGGCCACUAAGCAUGGCCUCGAAUAUGCGCUGACUUUCAACAAGGCAACAAGCCAGCUUUCUCCGGAUAAUGCGCAGGAUGCGAUUUCAUUGAUGUUUCAGUUUUCUAUCUUCUCGAAGCAGCUGGACCUGGCAUGGCAGGAGCAUGGCAGUGGGCUGGUCAACGUCCAGUAUAGGCAGCCAGGUUCAGGAGCCCGCGCAGAGCAUCAACUUCAGCGGGAGACGAGACAGCAAGCCGAGCGGCACUAUCAGGAUUAUGUCGAGACGAAGAAGCAGUGCGACGAGCUCAUGGUCCCGAGCCAGCUGUACGAGACCCUGGACAUCAUCGGCAUGAACUACGGCCCUCUAUUCCGGAACAUCACCUCGCUACACAGGAGAGAUGACGCCUGCGUCGGCGUGGUGCGUGUCCCGGAUACGAAGACCACAAUGCCUGCGGGUUUCGAAUACCCCCACAUCAUUCACCCGGCCACACUGGACUCGAUCUUCCAGACGGCUUUCGGUAUGAGCGGCGAGGCCAUGGUUCCGUCAUUGCUCGGGAAGCUCCGUGUGUUGGCCGACUCGGAUGUGCUGUCGAGAUCUGGCCAAGACCUCGUGACGUGCACCCAUGCCGAGCGGCGCCGCCCGCGCGAAGCUUCCACAUCCUUUGUAGUAUCAGAUGCCUCCUGGCUGGGUGGUACCGGCCCGCAAAGCCAUCCCUUGAUCGUCGUCGAGGACCUGACCUUCACCGCCCUGACGUCGAGCAGCACCGAAGGUGGCUUUCUCCCGUAUUACCGCAACCUCUGCUCUGAGAUGAUAUGGGAAGACUUCGACCUCGCCACAAUCUCUCCGACGAAACAAGAUGCGCUGCAGGCCAGUGACCAUCGCACCGAAGAGCUUCCUAUGCUACUCCUGGUCCCAGAAGACGUGAGCCCCGAGACCAACAGACUUUGCAACGAGCUUACCAAAGAUUCGCACUGGGAAAUACGGACUCUGAGUUCCAUAGCCGAAGGGCAGCAGCUGCCCCUCUACUGUCUUUCGCUACUGGAGGCCGAUGGCCAGCAGUUCGUCUGGGACUGGUCAGAAAAGGACUUUGCCGCAUUCAGCACCGUCGUUGCCGCAGUCAAUGGGAUUUUCUGGGUGACUCGGGGCUCCCAGUCGGAGGCCACCAACCCGAGAUCUGCGUUGUUUCAGGGUCUAGCUCGCACCAUCAACUCGGAGCAUGCCAAGAAGAACGUGCUCACCUUCGAUAUCAGCCACGACAUCCAGUUCACUCGUCCAGCGACGGCAUCGGUUGCCCGCAAGAUACUGCUGCUGCUUCGCGAUGCCUUCUUCAGCCCCAAGGGAACAGUGCCCCGGGAGACCGAAUAUGUCGAGCGUAACGGUCGCACUGUGGUCCCGAGACUGAUUCCCGUCCGGGCUCUGAACACCCUGAUCGAGCGCGGUACCGCACAACCCGAGCCCGAGAUGCAACAGAUGCCGUUUCCACGAGAUAGACCACUCAAGCUUAAGAUUGGGGAGGUUGGGAACCCCGGGAGUUUGUACUGGGAUGACGACCACGAGGCUCAUACGCCUCUACCAUGCCACGUGGUCAAAGUAAAGGUCAUUACAGCUGCACUGACAGACCUUGACAGUGACGUCGUCUACGGGCGCGCGGGAGAUGAUGCCAUCGGCACCGACAUGCUCGGUACGGUCGAAGAGGUUGGCGCCGACGUCGUGAAUGUCAUGGUGGGCGACUACGUCAUUGGAGCGGUGCGCGGGUCCCUAAAGGAUUACGUCAGAUGCCAUCACGAGCUGGUUCACAAGGUCUCACGAGAGACAUUUCAGCCGUCCCACGUACAUCUUGCUACGAGCUUUUGCGUGGCUCAAUACGCGCUCGGGCGUCUCCAAGCCGGCGAUACCAUCCUCGUUCACGCCGGUGUCGGGUCAUUCGGCCAGGCUGCCAUCCAACUCGCCAGGUCCGCAGGCGCCACGGUGUUGGCCAGCGCGUUGACUAACAACCAGCGCGGUAUGCUUUAUCACUACUGGGGCGUUCCCGAAGAGCACAUUGUGGACGGAAGGUCGACCGCCUUCGUCGACAGUCUCCUGCGCCUCACCAAUGGCAAGGGCGUGGACGUUAUAUACGACCCGACCGGCCAGAACCGUGAUCUGAACGAGAAGCUCAUCGCCGAAGGUGGUUGUAUCGUCAGCUUUGCGAGAAGGUGUCAGGGGAGCAGUGUUAGCGGUCACGACGCGGAGCUCACGAACAAGACUUUCAGCAGCAUGAUGGUGGACGUGGCCAAGCUGAUCGAGCACCAACCUCGUCGACUCGGACAAGCCCUCGCGGUGACCUGUCUUGGAAUCGUAUCAGGACGCUUCAAGGUGUUGGAGGCCGAAACCCCCAAGCUCUUCGAUUACUCGGAACUGCCGGCAGCCUUUGAACUCAUGGAGGCGGAUGAACAGACUAGGCAGAUCUACUGCCAGCGAUCCCGGUCGAAACUGGUCCCGAUUCUACCACGACCUCCGUAUCCGGCCAGCCGGAACCUGCGUCCGGGGUGCACCUACGUUCUCUCGGGCGGCCUUGGCGGUCUGGGUAUCGAGAUAGCGAAGAUGCUUGAGGCCAACGGCGUCAAGAACAUUGUGUUCCUCUCUCGAUCUGGCGCGACGAACGGGCUGGCCGAGUCUUGCGUGAGCUUCCUGGAGAAGCGAGCGGUUAAAGUCGGCGUCUACAAGGUCGACAUCUGCAAUGCCGAAGCUCUCAAGCAGGUGUAUGGCCAGAUACAGCGAUGUAUGCCGCCGGUGAAGGGGGUGUUCCAAUGCGCGGCGGUGGUGCGUGACGCAACGUUUGAGAACAUGACGUACGAGGACUGGCGCGUGGCGGUCCGGCCCAAGACGGUGGGCUCCUGGAACCUGCACGAGACGCUUCCUCAGGACAUGGACUUUUUCAUCUUCCUCUCCAGCUCGGCUGGGGUGAUUGGCAACCGUGGGCAGGCCAACUAUGCGGCUGGGAACGCGUUUCAAGACGCGCUCGCACGACACAUCUCGGCGGGCCCCGGACCGACGCGCGCGGUGUCGCUGGAUCUCGGGCCCAUGCUAGGCGCGGGGAUGCUUGUGGACAAUCCAGGUACGCUUGACAAGCUCAAGACAAGCGGAUUCUUCGCGACGCGUCUGCAGGACUUCAGGCGCAUGGUUGAGUGCGCGAUCACGGGCUACACAAGCGAGGAGGAGAGAAUGCCAGCACAGGUGGCGGCUGGACUGGGCACCGGCGGGCUGAUCCGACAGAAUAGGGUCGCGGACCCCUACUGGACUCGCUCAGCCAUGUUCGUGCGCCUUGGCCAGGUAGACAACGAUGCCGGACCGGAGGCGGCUGGGGCCGAGGCGGCGGAUGACGAGAACAGCAUCCAGGGGCUGCUGGCGGAGGUGGCAGACGCGGAAGAGGCGGCGGCCGUACUCAGCGGCGGGCUGCGGGCGAUGCUCGCGCGCAGCAUGAACAUGCGGACCGAAGACGUCGAUGCGUCCAGACCGCCCAACGCGUACGGCGUGGACUCGCUCGUGGCGGUGGGAGUGCGCACGUGGGUGUUUGGGCAGUGCGACGUCGACGUGAGCGUGUUCGAGGUGCUGGGCGAGAACAGCAUCCAGGAGCUCUGCGCUAUGAUCGCGCAGAAACGUGCUGUCGCGGCCGGCGCGGCCGAUGACUGA